AUGUCUCCACCUGCAAUCUUCCAUUCAUAUGAUUCCCCCGAUUCUGAAAGUAAAAGCCCUUCUUCAAUUCUGAACGAUGAAAGCUAUUCUCCCGUGAAGGAAUCACAUUCGACCAAACACAAAAGUGAAAAGGUUGACUACUAUAACAAUGAGAUAUACCCGCCGAUCACUAAGCAUUCAGUAGAUUAUGAUUUACCCGAAAGUAAGGUUUACGGUGAAUAUAAGGCAUGCCCUGCGUUGAUCCAGAACACAGCUGAUUCAAACUUAAAACCGUUGGUAAAAAACUGGCUACUGAAUUUUAAUAACAUGCUAAAUGAUGUAAAUGCGGGAAUUGAUUCAAGGAAAACAGCUAGUGAGUUAGAGAAUUUAUUCACAAACCAUGCAAGUUGGAGAGAUCACUUGGCACUUAGUUGGGAUUUCCAUAGUUUUAAUGGAUUAAGGGAGUUGAAAAAGAGAAUAUGUCCUUUAUUGGUAGCGGCAAGGCUAAAGAACGUUAAAUUAGACGAUUUAGCUGACUAUCAUUACAAGCAAGGUUUUGGAAAAAUUGUGAUUCAUGACCAGACUCCUGAACAGGUACCCAUAGAGUGGAUCCAAGUUUAUUUUUCAUUUGACAAUAAAGUUGGAAACGGUAAGGGUGUUGCCCGUUUAGUUGCUGUGGAAGACGAAGAAACAGGGCUCGGUAUAUUGAAGUGCUUCACGUUUUAUACUGUAUUGGAGGAUUUGAAAUCUAAUCCUGAGAGGACCUUCCGUAACAGACCUGAAGGAGUGAAGCAUGGCUACCAUCCAGGCCGUGAAUCUUGGGCUGAGCAAAGAGCUCGUGAGACUAGGUUCAGCAGAUGUAACCAACCAACCGUGUUAAUUGUUGGCGGUGGCCAAGGUGGGUUAUCAAUUGCUGCUAGGUUGAAAAGUUUUGGUAUAACAAGUGUAAUUGUGGAAAAGAACUCAAAAGUCGGUGAUAACUGGAGAAAUCGGUACAAAUUUUUAGUGUUACACGACCCUAUUUUGUAUGAUGAGAUGCCAUAUAUGAGCUUCCCCCCCACUUGGCCUAUAUAUACAUCUAAGGAUAAGUUGGCAGAUUGGUUUGAUAGCUAUGUGAAAAGUUUGGAUUUAAACGUAAGGUGUAAAGCAACCGUGACAGGCGCAAGUUUUGAUGAAUGCAGAGGUAAAUGGAAGGUAGAAGUAACGGACAAUAAAACUGGCGAUAUAACAUACUAUAGGCCUCAGCACUUGAUCAUGGCAACUGGUCACUCUGGUGAACCUAGAAUUCCACAAUUCCCAGGCCAAGAAAAAUUUGAAGGUAAAGUAAUCCAUUCCUCUCAAUAUAACUCCGGUGUUGAAUUCAGAGGCGGCAAAGUACUCGUUGUUGGGAGUUGUAGUUCUGCUCAUGACAUAUGUCAGGACCUUUAUGAACAAGGUGCAAAAGUUACAAUGUUGCAAAGAUCCUCCACAUGUAUCAUAACCGCAAAGCACGGAACAGCACAUAACAACAAGGGCUUAUAUGAUGAAGACGGUCCUAAAAUAGAGACCGCAGACCAUAUAUUCCACUCAAUGCCCUUGAGUUUGUUGAACGGGGUAAUGCAGCAACAAUAUCGUGCUUCCUGUAAGGACGAUGCCGAUUUAUUGGCAGGAUUAAAUGAAGUAGGCUUCAAAACCAAUGCAGGCUUUAAUGGAACAGGGUUGUUCGGUCUUUAUUUCCGUAUAGGCUCAGGCUAUUACAUUGACGUUGGAUGUUCCACCUUGAUAUCAAAUGGUAAAGUUAAGCUCAAACAAGGCGUGAGCCUCAAACGGUUCACUAAAACCGGUGUGGAAUUUACCGAUGGCACCAAAUUGGAAGACUUGGACGCAGUUAUAUUAGCAACGGGCUUCACUAACAUGAAAGAAACUGCCAGGAGAUUGUUCGGACAAGAUGUAGCCAGCAGGUUACGGUCAGUAUGGGGUUUGGAUGAAGAGGGGGAAUUCAAAACAAUGUGGAGAGACUCUGGCCAUCCCAACUUUUGGUUCAUGGGCGGCAACUUGGCACUAGCAAGAUACUAUUCAAAGAGGUUAGCCCUAAGAAUAGUCGCCCAAGAGAUGCAGAUCAAGUAUUGA